CUGACGAGACUUGGGGCCAAAUUUCUCUACGUGAGUGGAAUCCUUGUGGGCGGGGUUUGCAGCAUCUUGUUUGGAACGCUGUACUUAUGUCCAAAUGGACUGCCCUUCAAGAUCAUGUGCUAUGCAGUCCGCUGUGUGGAGGCGCUCGGCCUGACAGCUAACGUUACUGCAAGUUUUGCCAUCGUCUCGAAUCUCUUCCCACGGCAUGUGGCAACAGUGUUCGGCAUCCUGGAGACGGCACAUGGCAUUGGCCUGAUGGCUGGACCAGGCGUGGGUGGAGCCCUGUUUGAGGCUGGAGGAUUUGGGUUACCAUUUUAUGUUAUUGGUCUUCUAACAAUAUUCAAUGGAUUGAUCGUGUGGAAAUUUCUGAAACCGCCAGCCGUGAUCUGGGAUUCGAGAACAAUCUCGACACUUUUGGAGUAGUGUCAGGGCUAUUCAACUCUAUGUUCUGUUUUGGCGCUUUCUUGGGUACAACUCUCGGUGGUGUCUUGGUUGAGGAGGUAGGCUUUAGACAAGGAGUGAGCAUCAUCUCAGCCGUCUUCCUUUUUGCCAUGGUAACCAGUGCUAUGUACUUCUUCAUCCGACUGAUAUGUCGCAUGAGACUCCAACGCGUACCCACCCCACCACCAGACGAAAGUCGCGCUUACCGCCAGCUCCUAUCUUCCGCCCAAAGGAUUGAAGAGGAGAUUGACGGUCAAGGUGGGGCAGGGGCAGCGAGCUCUCCUACAGUGCUGCAAGGUGCACAGGGAGUAGGAAGCAUGUUUUCCUUCAGCUCCUCUAUGGAACCGGAACCACUCUCUGCGACCUUCACCUCUGUAGCAGACGGACAGAGACGGAAGUCAUCUGAUACCGGAGGUGGCCACGUCAUCACCUAAACGUCGGCCUUAACUCAGCUGCAAUUCAUUCACGUGACGAUGGUCGGAAGUGGCUUCAACACAGUCAAAGGGACCGAGAGGGAGGAUAUGAUAAUACAGUCGUACCAGUUCAAGACGACCACCUAUUGUCGAAAAGGAAAAUUGACAACCUUAGAAAGGUGGUCUUCUUGAACAGUGUCAUUUCAACAUGGAAAGAACGCAGUGGUGGAGUGGGCCAUACUGGCGAUGCAAGAAAACUUGUAACCACAAUGUAAUUAUUGUUGUCGCCAGUCCACGACCAGUCUGGUCGUCCUCCUCAUUUCUUUCCCUUUUUUAGAACAUCUUUCAGAGUUUGUAACGUUUUUCUCCUUCUUUUAUUUUUAUUAUAUAU